CAACAACAAGAAGCUUCAGCGAGUCUCCAGAUCAUUGGCAAAGAACACGGAAAAUGUACCAGGAUGUACGCUUCCAGUGUGAAAUACGCAAGUCCCAGAAAUUCCGCAUGGAUUACAUGUGGGCCCAGAUGUUCAAGACGUACUACCGCUUGAACGAUCUAGCUACCAACUGGGAUCAAGCCAGACAAAUAUGCGAGGCCGAAGGGACAUAUUUGUUCAUACCGGACUCAUUAGAUGAAAUGGAAAGUUUUAAAUUGCUGAUGAGCAACAUGAAAGCCCAGUAUACUGGGAUAUUUAUGGGAUUACACGAUAAGUUCUCAGACGGAAACUUUGUCACAUUAAAAGGAGAAUCAAUAGCUGGCACAACCAUAGAGCUUUUGUGGGCACAGGGUUCUCCUGACAAUGUUAAUGGCACUGAACACUGUGUUGUGAUGACCAGAGAAGGAUUGCUGGAUGAUCGGCCCUGCGAUGACAUAUACCCGUUCGUUUGCAAAAUACUUGGAAGUGAAAUUGAAUUUAACGAAAAGUGCAAUAACUUCGAUUUGGCAUAUACACCUAGAAACAACGGAAAAUGCUACAAGUUUCACGCAGAGCCCCUAUCUUGGUAUGACGCAUACUUAAUCUGCAAGUCCGAAGAAGGAAACUUGGCAAUCGUGAAUUCGGCAGACGAAGCCGUAUUCAUAACUGAAAUGCUAAGUGAAAACCUUCAUAGAAAAGUACCAGACCCCAAUAUCCUAUUUAUUGGAUUUAGCGACCUGAUGUUUCCUUUCCAGUACCGAACGAUAUUAGGUCAAUCACUCGAAGAUGCAGGCUAUUCCACUUGGGGUCAUAUUGAGGAACAGACAUCAAAGUUAGACUCAAAUCAUUGUGGAGCCAUAACUAGUGAAGGUUUCUUACAAAUCACCCGGUGCAACAGACCGGCGAUGUUUCUUUGCGAAAAAAUAAUAAAUAACACAGCUGAAUAAAUUCGUAUAUUUUUUAGGCUUUAUUGUUCGAGUAAUUGAUAGCUCAUUCAAUAAACGAUCAAUCUAACCCACUGGUUGUGGGUUCUUGACAUUGAAUCGAAACAUAAAUUGCAAUAAAAUGGUACAAAUUAUCGAAUUAAUUAAGAUACCUAAAUUAUCGAUAUUAUUUCGUUAUUAAAAA